AUGGACGCAGCAUCGUCGUCAAUGUCCAUGGCAAUGCCUUCUUCAACAGCCGGUGCCAUGCCCAUGUCAUCAUCCAACAUGACCAUGACCAUGGAGUCCAUGACCAUGGUCUUCUUCGCCUCCACAAGCACGCCUCUUUGGUCCUCGGCCUUUACACCCAGUACGGCCGGCCAGUACGCCGGUGCAUGCAUAUUUCUCAUCGCCUUCGCCGUGGUGUUUCGCUUCUUGUUGGGAUUGCGAUGCAACUUGUACAGAGUGGUGGCCGCGGUCAAGCAGAGGCGAAGCGGAAGUCUGCUCCAGCCCGACACGAUGGAAAUCAAAGGGACGCCCCCCCGACGUUGGAGAGCUGGCGAAGCCGUCAUUACGGGCACGCUUGACGCCGUGAUUGCGGGAGUGAGCUAUCUACUCAUGUUGGCGGUCAUGACGUUCAAUGUUGGUUACUUCCUGUCCGUCAUUGGCGGCGUCUUCUUGGGCAGUGUGCUCUCUAGUCAUUUAUCAGACAGCGUGGAGCGGCAUUGA